AUGUCACAACCAUUGAAUUUAGCUAUUGUUGGAACAGGUAUCUUUGCAACUGAUACGCACUUGCCAACCAUCCAGAAACUUUCCACUAUUGUUAAACCAAUUGCAGCCUACAAUAGAACCAAAUCCAAAGCCGAGACAUUUGCUUCAAAAGCUGGUAUUGCUCAAGACAAAGUUUAUGACUCAUUGGAGCAAGCAUUCCAAGAUCCCGAAGUACAAUUUGUCGAUGCAUUGCUUCCUGUGCAAUUCAAUCUCGAUGCAGUGAAAUUAGCAAUUGAAAAUAAAAAACCAAUAUGUUUUGAAAAGCCCAUUGCCGCAAAUCUUGAGCAAGCAAAAGAGAUUGUCCAACUUAGUGAAAAGACCGAUUUGCCAAUUGCAGUAUUGGAAAACUGGUCAUUCCGUAGUGCGACUACAACCUUGACCAAAGAAAUCAUUCCCAAAUUAGGAGAUAUUGUUGGUUUCACUUACCAUGCUACGGGUCCAUGGAAUGAUAAUAACAAAUACCUUGCUACUGGGUGGAGAUUGAAACCUGAGCAUAUCGGCGGUUUCUUAUCUGAUGGUGGAGUGCAUCAAUUGGCAUUGCUUACUGAUUUUCUUGGCGAAGUUGACUCAGUCAGUGGCUUAACAAAGCAGGUCCGUGAACAAAGUGGAACUGAUGAUGUCUUGUUUUCGACUAUGAAGUUGAAGCUGGGUGUAAUCGGUACUUUUACUUAUGGUUCGUCAUUUGGCGCUACUGAUAAGGCCACUUACUUUACCAUCUUCGGCACUAAAGGAUCCGUCACUUAUGAUUGGUCUCCAAGUUUGUCCAAGCCAACAAUAACUUACCAAUUGGGAAGCAGUGGUCAAGAUAAUAGCGGCAAAAAGACCAUUGAAGUUGACGAAGUAGAUACAUUUGAAGAGGAAUUCAAGAAUUUUGCAGAAGCCGUCACCAAAAAAGAAAAGAGUUUAAUUAUUGUACCACCUAGAAAAGCAUUCCACCAUUUGGCCAUCGUUGCUGCCGCUUUAGAAUCAUCAAAGAAUAAUGGCUCAAAUGUCAAGGUAGAAUCACCAUAA